AAUAUUUACACCUCUCUCUCCUGUCUGAAAUUCUUUUGGGAGAGAUUCAUAUCAUAGAGGAGUUUUAAGGAAGGGGGCAAUGGCAGUUCCAAGUGCUUUUGCAGGGCCCAAGUUGGAGAAUAUUUUUCUGGGGAAUGCUUCCCACAACGGGGUGGUGUUUUGUAAGCCCAGAAAAGCUGUCUUCCCAAGAAACUCCACGAGUCUUAGGUGCGAACAGCAGCAGCUUCAGACAACUAAUGACAAUGUUAUCGUUGACAAUUCUACUAAGACUCCUUCUUCUUCAAGUCUCUCCGCUCUCCAACAGCUCAAAUCCUCUGCUGCUGACAGGUAUACAAAGGAGAGAAGCAGCAUUGUAGUCAUUGGGCUCAGUAUUCACACAACACCUGUUGAAAUGCGUGAGAAACUCGCUAUUCCUGAAGCUGAAUGGCCCCGAGCUAUUAGUGAGCUAUGUAGCUUGAAUCAUAUUGAAGAGGCUGCUGUUCUUAGUACCUGCAACAGGAUGGAGAUAUAUGUUGUAGCUUUGUCUCAGCACCGUGGCGUCAAAGAAGUGACCGAGUGGAUGUCAAAGACAAGUGGGGUACCAGCUUCUGACCUUUGUGAGCAUCGAUUUUUGCUGUAUAACAAUGAUGCUACCCAACACAUCUUUGAAGUAUCAGCAGGGCUUGAUUCACUGGUGCUAGGAGAAGGUCAAAUUCUUGCGCAGGUCAAACAAGUUGUCAAAGUUGGGCAAGGAGUUGUAGGCUUUGGGAGGAACAUCAGUGGGUUGUUUAAGCAUGCAAUUACUGUCGGGAAGAGGGUUAGAAGUGAGCUAAAUAUUGCAUCAGGGGCAGUUUCAGUCAGUUCAGCUGCUGUGGAACUGGCAUUGAUGAAGCUACCUAAAACCUCCCAUAGUACUGCUAGAAUGUUAUUAAUAGGGGCAGGAAAGAUGGGAAAGCUUGUAAUUAAACACUUGGCAGCCAAAGGAUGCACAAAAAUGGUGGUCGUGAACAGAAGUGAGGAGAGAGUAACUGCUAUUCGUGAAGAGCUGCAUGGUAUUGAGAUAAUCUACAAACCCCUUACAGAUAUGCUAGCCGCUGCUGCAGAGGCAGAUGUCAUCUUUACCAGCACUGCUUCGGAAACACCAUUAUUUCUCAAAGAGCAUGUAGCAGAUCUUCCACCUGUUGGUUCAGAUGUUGGAUCUGUGAGACUUUUUGUUGACAUUUCUGUUCCUAGAAAUGUUGGCUCCUGCAUUAAGGAGCUAGAAACUGCACGAGUUUACAAUGUGGAUGACCUUAAGGAGGUUGUGUCAGCAAAUAAGGAGGAUCGACUUAGAAAAGCAAAGGAAGCUCAGACCAUAAUAGCUGAGGAAUCGAAGCAAUUUGCAGCCUGGAGGGAUUCACUUGAAACUGUUCCAACCAUAAAGAAGUUACGAGCCUACGCCGAAAGAAUCAGACUCGCAGAGCUGGAUAAAUGUCUGUCAAGAAUGGGCGAUGACGUUACAAAGAAAACAAAAAAAGCAGCUGAUGAUCUCAGCCGGGGUAUAGUAAACAAGCUUCUCCAUGGUCCCAUGCAGCAUCUGAGAUGUGAUGGCAGUGACAGCCGAACUUUAACAGAGACACUAGAGAAUAUGCAUGCCCUUAACAGGAUGUUUAGUCUGGAAGCUGAAAUAUCUGUUCUGGAACAAAAGGUCCGAGCUAAGGUGGAGCAGAACCAGAAGUAAGCUCCCUUACAUUUAUGUAGUUUAUAUAUAGCGACACUGAUCAUCACGUUUUGGAGUCCGAAUAAGAGAGGAAGUUUCUAAUCUUGCUGUCAUUAUUUGAGCCGUUGUGAAUCUUCAUCCGGAUAUAUACACAAAAUUGAAGCCUUCAUUGGCUCGCCAUUUAUUUAAAUGCUGCUAAGUCUAUACUGUUCAACUCUCCUGUGUUUUUCAUAAUGCCUAUACGGUCGGUGUAAUUAACAGAUUGAACUUGGUUUUCUUCCCUGAGUGAUGUUGUCCAAUGUAAUGAAUGAACAGAUGCGCUUCUCAGGGGGCAGUUUCCACAACA